AUGUUGCUGAGCACGAGACUGUUCGCGGUUCUGGCGUCGGUUACCUCUGUAAAGGGCAUAUCCCCCGCGCCUAUUCAGUUCAAAGCCGGGUGUUCUUUUCAUUUGACGAUAGCGAGUGGCCACAACGGGACCGUAGGCCAGUUAGCGGAUGGCCAGAUACGGGUUGGGAGCGACCUGGCGCCGUCUCUUUUCACCUGGUUUGGCGAUUCAUUCACUGAUCAUCGUGGGAGAGGUUGUUGGUGGACCCCCCCUUCAUUGGUCCUUCAAUGCGAUUUAAACCAAGCACCAAACCACGGGUUCGUCAUUGGAUGCUACGGCGGCGUAUCGUUCCAACACCAGUCCCUGUUUUACGAAUGCCAGACAGGCGACGGGGACGAGGUGAACUUAUAUCUAGAACCCAAUGGUGCGGACUGUUCUAGCGUCACGCUCCAUGCUGAUAGCUGCCGACCCGCGUGUGCCAGUGCAAGCUUUUCGUCGAAACAAUCUACUGUUACUGCUGCUACUCCUGCUACUGUUGCUACUCCUGCUACUCCUACUACUUCUACCGCUUCUACCGCUUCUACCGCUUCUACCGCUUCUACCGCUUCUACCGCUUCUACCACUGCUACCACUGCUACCACUGCUACUACUGCUAGAACAGUCGGCGCAUCUUUGACCUCUACCACCACUCCGUUUCACGCUUCAACGCGCCAUACAUUGCAGACAUCUUCGCAUAGUGGAACCUCCACAGCCUCAUCGUCAGCUUCGACAAGCAGACCCACUCCGUCAUCUAGAAAUUGCGAAGAACCUGAUUUCGAACGCCCAGACGAGAUCAUCCUAGUGGACAAGGGCAAACCUGAUACAGCGAACGGUUUGAACCCUAGCAUGAUCGUUCAACUGACGCCGAACGUAUCCGCCAUUUUCGUCUUCGACUUCAACUCCUCGGACUCGACCAAGCAGUGUUCCCUCGUCUUCGACUUGCCGUCGAUCCAAGAUCAGCAGCACCCCCUCUAUACCUUGAACGGGACUGGGUUGGUGAGCUUCGCGCUCCUGGAGGAUCCGCCGGAUGACCCUGCGAAUACGACCUACAAUAACGCGCCGCCUGUCGCGAUGCCGCUCGAGGCAGUGAACUUGGAGCCGGGCAUAAGCGCCCAGCCGCUCGAGUUCCCAUGUCCCGGGGAGGACGGGCACGUUGUGGCUGCGAUGCGCGAUAGGCCGGGUUCCGACGUCUACCUGCACUACCUGGAAGGCAGGUCCGAGGUGCCGGUCGGAUUGUACCUUUUAAAGUGCUGAAUUAUUUACCGUUUAUAAACGGAGGGCUCAAACUACUACCCUGGAGAGACUCCGGAUGCUAUAGGGGUUUUACGUAUUGAAGUAUGAUCGAACCCCCUUUUUUUGGUACGAUGUAAUUUGGAACUUUAUUCGCUAGGAAGCCUACGUGGAGGGAAUGUGUAAUGGGCGGCGACUACGCGGAGCUAUGAGGCUUAGGACAUACAAAUAGUUGAAAUAGUAAAACCAGUUUUUAAUGCAGUCAACAGAAAGGUUCUCCGUAGGCUGAUCAUACUGUGCUGUAUGAUAAUCACAGAUGUGCUAAAUCUAAGUCUCUCGCCAACGGCUUCAAUGUCAAGCCACAGAUCAGCUUGUGUCCUUAUGAGAAGGUUGCGUAGGUACCUGUCU